ACUUCCUCCUCUGCACUUAAUUGUUUUGUUAAAUCAACAAUAUUUUUAGAGAAAAUAGCAAGAAACGGCAGUUCGGCUAUUAGAUUUUUAGUUUGUGUUUUGUUGAUGGUUGGUUGUUUGUUAGCAUGAUUUUUCAAUCCCAAAGGAUCUAAAUUUUUUAAAUCGAUGUAAAAUAAUGAAUCGAUCCAGGUCAAUCAUUGUCAAAUAUUUAUAUCAUGUCACUGUCAGUGUCAGUCAUUCAUCGAAUAAAAAUAAAAACAAUGGUUGUAUUAUAGUACUAUUGGAUUUUCCUUUGAAAUACUUUGAAUUAAAAAAUAACAUUAGAAUUACAAAGUCUUUGGUAGUUUAUGUACGUAAAACCCAAUUAAACAAUUAUUACUAUACUGUAUAAGUCUAUAUUAUUUUUUUUACUUUAUAAAGACUAAUAUUUUUUAAAAUAAUACAUAAAUCACAAUGGCAUUUGUUUAUCAAGGGGACUCAGAUUUAGACGCAAAAUCAAAGAAAGCCGCAGAAAGAAUAUCAGAAAACAUGCACAUUGUGGCAAAUGAACCAUCAUUAGCACUAUACAGACUACAGGAACAUGUUAGAAAAGCGUUGCCGCCGAUGGUAGAACGUAGAGUGGAGGUCACAAAACUUCAGCAUGAAUUGCAGGGCCGGUGCUAUGAUGUAGAGUAUGCUUUGAGUGCUGUAAAAUCUAUGGAUGCUGCUACCACUAGUUUCAAAAACAUACAGGAAAUGCUGAAGCAGUCUAUAUUUUUAAAACAACAACUCAAAUAUGAGGAAACUAGGCGAAAUAAAAAAGAUACUAAUUCAGUUUACAAACGUCUCUCUGCUCAUAUUGUUCUUGACCUACCGGAUUUGUCAGAGUUCUCUAUGGUCCGUGAGACCACUAACCGGAUAGAGAAUAUGAUGGCUCAUGCUAGGGGUUCUACGGCUGAGUUGCAUAGGUCACACACCACACUACACUAAGCAAUAUAAUAGUGCUAGUUUGAACUUUUAAGAUUAAUUCUGCUGACCUUUGUGCCAUGUAUGAGACAAAAAUGGUUGGUGACUUAACAUCGACGCAGACUACCGCCAUGCAAGGCACGGGUCCUGUCGUGUGUUUAAUUUGUACCAUUGUAGUUUUUUAGACCAGGAGAAGUAAUUCCUUGCUUAGAUUUUAUAAAUCAUUCUAGUCAUUGUCAUAAGCUACAAGCAUGGUUUAUUGGGCAUAUUUUGUUGAAAUUUCUCUUUCAUACAUAGAUAUUGUGCCAAGGCGACUGCUUACAAAGGUUGGAAAUUCCAUGGUGAAGGAUUUUAUUCAGGUUUAUCUCGCAAACUCUUCCCCAGAUUCACUCAUGGCUCAUUGUGAUGACACAACGGGGGUAAUGGCCGAGAGUGGCCGAUAUUUAUGCAAUAGUGAAUGUAAAAUUUAUUAUAGUAUGUUUGUUUAGAUAAAGUCGCCUUUGACAAAUGAAGCGCGCCUGUGAAAGCCGACAUUGUCUAAGCUAAAUAGACUAAACAUUUCUUUUGGUAAUGAAAUAAAGGUAGACAAUCAUGAUAUGUCUUUGUCAAAAAAAAAAUUCUAAAUUCAUAGCAAAAGUAAUUCAUUGGUGAGAUAUUUCACUUUUCUUUUUUUUUCUCACGCCUAAACGCCUAAUUUUAAAAUCUAUUUUUCAACUACACGACGUCUGAAAAUUGUUUUAUUUUAUUUCAGUACCCAAAGAAAUGGAUUAUGCACAAAAUACGAUCACUUGCUAUGUAAAAAGAAAGAAUAUGGUAGCUUGACUUUGUAACGAGUACUACACUCAUAACACUACCUUUUGGAUCAGGCGAAGGUUUCUAAAUGAUCCGUGUUUUUGUGAACUAAGUUUUUUCUUGGUUUCUGGGUCCAAUCCUUAAGUUCAAACAACGCAUGAUCUUGGGCAUCAACCCUUCAAGGAAGAAGAUAAUGAGUGUAGCAUUCGCUACAGCUUUAUUUUUGGGUGAUUUUAUAAUGACAUGCGUAACUCAUUAAAUACUUACAAGAAUUUACAAGACAGCCAUCAACCUGUCAUUCUGUAUGGAGCAGAGUUUUGGGCAACGAAAGCGAUGUAUGAAAGGAAACUGCUUGCAAGUGAGAUGCGAAUGUUGCGAUGGAUAUGUGGAGUGACAAGAAUGGAUAAAAUACGUAAUGAGUAGGUAUAUAAGAGGAAGUAUGAAAGUAGCGCCAAUAAAUGAAAAGAUGAAUGGUAAUAAGCUGGGUUGGUACGGACACACCAUAAGAAGAGAGGAAGGUCAUAUAACUAAAAGAGCCUUAAACAUGGAAGAGGAAGGUUUAAAAAAAUAGGAGGAGACCGGAAAAGAGAUGGAUGAACAGCGUAAAGGAUAGUAUGAGUGGAAAGGGAGUGACCGGUGAAAUGGCAAGUGAUAGAAGUAAUUAGAAAAAAACUUACAUACUGUGCCGACCCCACGUAGAAAGUGGGAAAAGGAAAACUACAAAGAAAAAGAUGCUAAACUCAUUAAAUCCAGUUAACACAAAGAGACUCAACAUCGGCAUAAAAGAUGUUUCUUCUUGAAAGUUCCUAAUAUUAACUCGUUGAAGGUAAUAGUUUUUUUUUUUUUAUGUUACUGUAAAAUCACCCUUUGUGUAAUGUUCGCCUAUAUGUAACCCGCUUUAAAGUCACUAAAGGAAAUUAAA